GAUGUUCGUCGCGCGCAGCAUCGCGGCCGACCACCGCGACCUCAUCCACGACGUCUCCUUCGACUUCCACGGGCGGCGCAUGGCGACCUGCUCCAGCGACCAGAGUGUGAAGGUUUGGGACAAAGGUGAAAAUGGAGAGUGGCACUGCACCGCUAGCUGGAAGACGCACAGUGGCUCUGUGUGGCGUGUGACAUGGGCACAUCCAGAGUUUGGACAGGUCUUGGCAUCCUGCUCAUUUGACAGAACGGCUGCUGUAUGGGAAGAAAUAGUUGGAGAAUCCAAUGAUAAACUGCGAGGACAGAGUCAUUGGGUAAAGAGGACUACUCUGGUGGACAGUAGGACGUCAGUUACAGAUGUGAAGUUUGCUCCCAAGCACAUGGGUCUUAUGUUAGCAACAUGUUCAGCAGAUGGCGUUGUUAGGAUAUAUGAAGCUCCAGAUGUUAUGAAUCUCAGUCAGUGGUCCCUUCAACAUGAAAUUUCAUGUAAGCUAAGCUGCAGUUGUAUUUCCUGGAAUCCUUCAAGCUGUCGUGCUCACGCUCCCAUGAUAGCUGUAGGAAGUGAUGACAGCAGUCCGAACGUCCUUGCAAAAGUUCAGAUUUAUGAAUACAAUGAAAAUACCAGGAAGUAUGCAAAAGCAGAAACUCUUAUGACCGUCACAGAUCCUGUGCAUGAUAUUGCAUUUGCUCCAAACCUGGGGAGGUCCUUUCAUAUUUUAGCUGUAGCUACUAAAGAUGUCCGCAUUUUCACACUAAAGCCUAUCAGAAAAGAAUUGACUGCUUCAUCCGGACUGACAAAAUUUGAAGUUCAAUUAGUGGCUCAGUUUGAUAACCACAAUUCCCAAGUUUGGCGUGUGAGCUGGAACAUUACAGGCACAGUGCUUGCCUCAUCAGGAGAUGACGGAUGUGUAAGGCUGUGGAAAGCUAACUACAUGGACAACUGGAAAUGCACUGGGAUUCUGAAAGGUAACGGAAGUCCUGUCAAUGCUAGCUCCAGUCAGCAGGGAGUUUUUAAUGCUCCUUUAAGCACAGCCAAUCCAAGCCUUCAGAAUUCAGUCAAUGGGACAUCUGCUGGCAGGUAUUUCUUUCCCCCUCUGGAUUCCCCACGGGCUGGAUCAAGGUGGUCCAGUUAUGCCCAGCUCCUACUUCCUCCUCCUCUGAUAGAGCACUCUUGUGAUGCUGACACUGCCAAUCUUCAGUAUCCUCACCCUCGCAGACGAUAUAUCUCUCGACCUCUUAACUUGUUACGGGAACACGAAGGGGUUUAAUACACAUUUAAAGCUGUCUAGAGAGGCCUUAUUCAGAUGCUUGUUAAAAUGCUUCAUUUUCUGGCUCUUUGGGUUUUUUGCCUGUUCCCAUCUGAAUUAAGGCUUUUGAAGGUGUGUUUUGAAAACCAAAACAUGGUAUUUGGAAUCCAGCAAGUUAGUGUGCUUCCAUCAAGGAAAUACUAGCCCCACUAUCAGCCCUUUUGAACUAUAAUGAAACAAACAAGUAGUGUUGAUUAUGAGUUACC